AUGAUUCCAAGGGAGUUUAUUGCACAUGUGUCAGUGGACCGCCUGCAAAGAACUUGGGCCACGUCAUUCACUCCAUUGAUAAGUUGGGUAUAUGGCACCGAUUACCAGUCUUCUUGGGUCUGUUUUAUCUGGCCAUUCGUCGACACCUUCACCAGCAAUACAACUUGUUCAACGUUGGCACCACUCCGGUUGGUGUUCGGUCCAAUCACGCCGAUUUUCCUUUUAGGACAGCCGAUGGAAAGUUUAAUGAUCCANUUUCUCUAUAAAGUCCAGAAGUCAACCAAUAGCAAAGGAGCCCGUGAGCAGCUGAUUACAACCCACCAGCUAGCCGUCGGUUGCUUCAAACUUCUCCUCCAAGCAGUACUCCGGCAUCUUCUCCACCAAGCACUCCGGUCACAUAGCCGGCAAGUCAUUCACUCCAUUGAUAAGUUGGGUAUAUGGCACCGAUUACCAGUCUUCUUGGGUCUGUUUUAUCUGGCCAUUCGUCGACACCUUCACCAGCAAUACAACUUGUUCAACGUUGGCACCACUCCGGUUGGUGUUCGGUCCAAUCACGCCGAUUUUCCUUUUAGGACAGCCGAUGGAAAGUUUAAUGAUCCAUUCAAUGAAGGUGCCGGAAGCCAGGGAACUUUCUUUGGCAGGAACAUUCUUCCUGUUGAUGAGAAAAAUAAGCUAAAGAGGCCAGAUCCCAUGGUGGUGGCCACAAAGCUGCUGGCUCGCAGAACUCCUGUAGACACAGGAAAGCAAUUCAACAUGAUAGCAGCUUCUUGGAUACAGUUCAUGAUUCAUGAUUGGAUAGACCACUUAGAGGAUACUCACCAGAUUGAGCUCACUGCACCUAGAGAAGUUGCAAGUCAGUGCCCUCUUCAAUCCUUCAAAUUUUACCAGACAAAGGAGGUUCCUACUGGCUUUUAUGAGAUCAAAAGUGGUUCCUUGAACAUUCGAACACCUUGGUGGGAUGGAAGUGCAAUAUACGGAAGCAAUGCUGAAAAGUUGCAGAAAGUGAGGACUUUCAGAGAUGGGAAGCUCAAGAUCGGAGAUGAUGACCUUCUUCUUCAUGACCAAGAUGGCUAUCUCAUCUCCGGCGAUAUUCGUAACAGUUGGGCUGGCCUUUCCACCUUGCAGGCCCUCUUCGUCAAGGAGCAUAAUGCAGUCUGCGAUUCCUUGAAGAAGGAAUAUCCAGAAUUAAACGAUGAAGAUUUGUACCGCCAUGCAAGGCUAGUGACUUCUGCUGUAAUUGCAAAGAUCCACACCAUCGAUUGGACCGUUGAGCUUCUCAAAACAGAUACACUACUUGCAGGAAUGAGGUCCAAUUGGUAUGGAUUGUUGGGGAAACAAUUCAAGGAUACAUUUGGGCACGUUGGAGGGGCUAUCUUGGGAGGUCUUGUGGGUCUAAAGAAGCCUGAGAACCAUGGUGUGCCGUAUUCAUUGACUGAGGAAUUUGUCAGUGUUUAUAGGAUGCAUUCGCUACUACCUGAUCAUCUUCUUCUCAGAAAUACCAAUGCACCCGCAGGACCAAAUAAAUCUCCACCGUUGAUGGAAAGGUACACUUAUGUGUAA